AUCACAUCCAGUACCAGUUACAACAAAGAAAAUAAAUUACUCAUCUCUGCUCUAUAGUUUGAAAUACAUUUGUCUUUUGUAAUCCUAAAAACAUGGCAAUCCUCAGGAACAAAAACAUAACUUUCUCAUUGAUCUUGAUGUGUCUCAUUGUGGUGUCUCCAAUUGCUAAUGCUCAGCUUGGUGGUCUUGGUGGUCUUGGCGGACUUCUUGGCGGGCUUCUUGGCAGUAUUACUAGUAUCUUUAAUAUCCAAGGUCUUCUUAGGUGCUCUGUCACUGGCACCGUCUCUACCAAUAACGUCACUUCCGUUCCUCCUCCUUUCCCUAAUGCGGGAAUUGUGCUCCAGUGCGCUGGGCAAAAUGUUUCAAGUACGACUACGAACGCUAAUGGAGUAUUCUCGCUUCCUACUAUGGGCACUAUCUUUUCUCCUUCAACACUCCUCAACUCCGGUUGUAGGAUCAUCGUCACGACCCCUCUCACCAGCUGCAACGCCAGCCUUCCUGCCGGUGGAUUACUCAUGGCACCUUUAGCUCUACUCGGAGCCACUUCCAGCAACGGUCUCAGCAUCCUCGACCUCGUCCCAGGUCUCUUUAGCGUCGUCCCAAAUCCCUUUGGCCUCGUCGGUUAAGUAUGCUUUAUGUUUGAUCACGUACGGUGUGUUUCCCUUCUGUUUGUUUUACGUUUUGUGUCAUGACCAAUAAUGUUUGCUUGCCUAUGCGCAUGAAUAAGGUCUACAUAAUAAUUAAGGCGUAUGUCUUUAUCUUUCAAAGUAUUGUUGUUGUAACUUCCUUUUACCCACGUUUAAUUUGCAUUUGUAAUGCUGUAACGACAUGUGAUAAAAUAAUAUGAAAAAACUUCCUUGCCAAUCA